GAAGGCGAUUACUGCGGAGAGACGCGCCAUGAUUUUCCAAGCGCUGCCCACUGCAAUCAGGCAGACGUGCGCAGACGUCGCCCUCAUGGAAUUCACAGCAGUGAUGAAGUAUCAUCUUGCCGGGGAGACGAGGCCAUGGGUGUCUCUAUCCCGAGAGGGCAAGGUGCAGUGGGUUGAGCAGAACCCGCGGCAGUAUUUAACGGAGUCUGGCAAGCAAGGCAGGCUAGAAGCGGCUUGGGCUGCAGAGAUGGAAACCUUCGGGCUGCGGGAGUUCACAGAGCCACUGGCAAUGAGAACUCUUGACGAGGAUGGCGAGUCUGACAUGCGCUUCCUCUGCGCGUCUUUCAAGGAUAUGGACUGGGCGGCUGCUGUGGUGGGCGCAGUGGGUGCAGCCCACGAGCGUAGCUUGUCCCCAGAGAAGUCUGAUCCAGCCAAGAAGGAAUCCAGUACCAUCAAGAAAGAGGCCAAGCAGCCCGUGACCGUUAAGCUCGAGAGGCUGGAGCGCGAGCAGCAACCGAAGACCAAGCCAGACAUCAAGCCAUGCGUCACAAGCAAGGAGCUAGAGCAUCGCCUCACGAAGGGUCUGCCAUAUAGGCCCAUCACAGCAGCCAUGCUUGACUUCACGCAGGUGCUGCGGGGAGUCCUGGCAGUGGCCCGAGACUUGAUGCAGGACAGCUGGCUUGGCAAGAUUGCAGUGCUGAAUUGCGGGGAGGAAUGCCGGGCAGAUAUGCUAGGCUUACAGGCCAACGCCAAGGUCAUCCUGGGCAUGGUCUACUCCACGGACCACUGGGCGCUGCUUUGUGUUGACAAGAGGGAAAGCCUCAAGGCGCUCAUAUAUUCGGGUCGGCGAGAUCAGCAGUGCUCAGACAUGGCGGUGGCUUUCAUAGCCUACCUGGUCGAGAUAAGCUGGCUGCCGGAGCCUGUCCGAGUGCGCCCUGCUCAUUGUCCGCCGCAACGGGAUGGAUGGAGUUGCGGGCAUCGAGUCAUCCUGGCUGCCAAUGUCAUCCUAGAGCUCAUUGCCUCAGGCGACAAGCUUCCCGGAAUCCUAGAUGCUGAGGAUGUCAAUGAGGAGAAUGUACAGCUGCUGGUUGAUGUUGCUGCCCGGCCGGCUGUGAAAAAACAGAAUGCACAGACCAAUGAGCAGCCCAGCGCACCAGCAUAUAUAGAUGCAGCUCCAGCAUCGUCGCCUCAAGAGUGCACGACCCCGCCACGCAGGAAACGGCCCGCGGCUGACUUCGAUGAUGCCUUGUCUCCAGAGGCUCCCUCGCCCAAAAGCACACCGCGGCGGCGCCUGCAGAUGCGGGAGAGGACCAAAGCUCGAAAAGCAGGCAGCGCCGGGCAACCAAGCAGCUCCGGGCAACCAACCAAGCGCAGCAAGCCCAAAACCAAGAAGGCCCAGCAGGAGCAGCUGCGGGAGGCCACAGCCAAAGCUGCAGAUAAGGAUGUGACACACACGCGGUUCCAAAAGAGCCAUUAUCAAGAAGGCAAGCCACCUCCAGCCGGUCAUUGGAAUGCUUUCAUGCAAGCCCUGGCUUGGGGGGAGACGUUGACUUGCUCCAUAUGCCUUCGCUUGCAGAAGUGUGUGGAGAGUGUGGAGGGUGAGCAAGGUGAUGCCAUCGGUGAUGCGUGUGAUUCGCCGGAGGUAGGCAGGCCAGCUGGCGCGCAGCUGGUUGCUGUGCCUGCGCAAGCAGCUGAGCCUGUGCUUGGGCCCAGGUGCCACCAGAAGGGCAGACCAAAGAAGGAUGAGGCUGAGGGCCAGAGGUGGUGCUUGCAUACUUUCAUUCGCUUGCAACGAAGCGACAUCUACUUGCAGACAUCAAAAUCCUUCACAGCUGGGAAGUUCGCGUACAAGUGCGUGCCUUGCGGGCGAAUCAUUGGCUUCCAGUCACGCACGAAUCCCGAAAAGGUGUUUCGGCAUGAGCGUGGCAUCUACCACAAGAAGGGCCUCCGGCGCAUGCAAGGAGCGAAUGAGGAUGAAGAUGAGGAGAACUGCGAAGACUCAGCGUCCGAGAGAGAGCCUGAGGAAGCGGAGGACACGCAGCUUUCUCAGCUAGUGGCAGUGCAGGCCACAUCAGAGGAAUGCCACGGGGUAUCGUGCAAGGACGAGACCAGCUGUUUGUUCUUCUUCCAGGCCAGCCUUGAAAACUUCUACUACGCCGGUCAGCCUUCCACGAUAUAUGGAGAGAAGGAAGAGGAUCCUAUGCGGGGGGCAAGCCUCACUCUGAAGAAUGAGAGUGUCAUGCUGCGCAGCGACAAGUGCCAGAAGCAAUACUCCCGCAGGGAUGGCGCGUGUGCCGAGUGCAAGAAGCUAGCAAGCAAAGCAGCUGUGCAAAAACAUGUGUGCAAGCAAAGCUACGUGGUAGAUCUGUGUGCCCUAGCCUUCAACAUCUCGCACCGUUCCGACAAAGAUGUUGAUCUCCACCUGAAGAUGAUGCGCAAGAGAGACUACUACAAGAAAGGCUGGGCUGGACAGGACCUGGACAAACUCAUGGGCUCCCCCUCCAAGCUGGAGCAGGUGAGGUCCAUCGUUCACCGACUCCAGUGCAUACCGUCCUGGCGGUUGAAUCCGGCACUGAAGGCACUCCUGCAGAAGUGGUUGGUGCCUACUCCCAGCUUUCACUCGGGAGACGUCGAAUCCUCGGCUCACGCAAGCUUGGUCCAGCAGCUAGCCGGUGCCGUUCGUGAAGGUCGCUGUCGCUCUGAAGACCUGGCUCUCGCGGCUAAGGUGGCAGCGGGUCGUCUACGAGGUGACUCUCUGGUACAGGGGCUGGUGACAAGCUUCCUGAACGUCUUCAAGUCCGAUUUGCAGCACCAGCGAUAUAAGACGACAGGUGCCCACAUGGGCUUCGCGGCAGUGGAGGAUGCCUUGCAUCGACUUGGCCAAACCGACGAGUGCCGAAACCUGAUGAAGGUCUUUUGCGUGAACCCCCGCAAGCUUCCGAAGCUCAACAUCUUCAAUGCGAUGCUUCCGCAGCACUUCCUGAGCAUGGAGAGUCCUGAACGCCUCCGGGAGAGCAUCCAGUGUGCCUUCGGUCAUCUAAAGCUGGGCCAGGGCCGUGCAUUUCUGCUCUUUGAUGAAACUGUGCAUGCCCAGGACUUUGACCUGCUGCGUUCUGUGCACAAUGGGGCUGACGCCUACAUAGGGGGGCACUGGUCCAGGAACCCAGAAGAAGACUAUGCGCGCCUGGACCCCCUGCAGUACGACCACCACAACUUGCCAUUGGAGAAGCUAGCGCGACUAGCGCUCGCCUUUGUGUUCAAGCGAUCUGACAGCAACAAGUACUGCAUGGACGUCUGCCUGCUACCACGCCCGCGAGGUCAGGCUUCAGCGUCGGAAAUGCUUCAUCUGGUCACCUCUGUCUUGCAGCAAGCUACAGCAGUGCAAGCAGGAGUCCCGCCACAGGGUACAGCUUGUGACGCAGCAACGUGUAACAAGCAGGUGGCCAAGGCUUUCGCAGGACAGCUUCCCCAGGCUCGUAUGAGAGAACACCAGUUCCUGGCAGAUUGCCGCCUGAUCCGACCCGGCUUCUCUUUCUGGCCGUAUGCUUUUGUCGUUCACGGAGAAGGCCAGCACUUGAUGACCUGUUUCCUAGGUGGCUUUCACCUACAAAAACGAUUCUCCUUGCAAUUUGCAGCCGGCUCCAAAAAGAUAUGCUUGGGUUCAGUCCAUGUGGACCUGGCCUGCAUGCUAGGGCGCGGGCUGCCGCGCCCAGCUUUCGCACUGCGCGAACCGCAGAGCGACAAACACUCUGCUGCUCGAAUGGCGCCAUGUUACACACCCAGGGUCUGGGCGAGCUUAGGGACGCACGUCUAUAUCCUCUUCGGUGCCCUAAUCAGUGCCAUCACGUGCAGCGCAGCAGCCUUCACUGUCCAGCAGCGAGCCAUGAACGCAUUCAGCCUGCACUACUUGGUUUUGUUGCACGCUGCCAGCAACCGAAAGCGAUGGGGGCCGGAUUGGGAACUUCAUUCCCUGGCGCUGACCACCCUGCGCAACAUCAGCAUCACCUGCGCAGGCGCAGUGGCUACUUGCAAAACUGUUGUAGAGCCUGCGGCGCUGCAAGAGCUGCGCAUUGAGACACACUUCGGCAACGUCAAAAGCCACGUGCGUGGAACCGCAUCCCUGCGGGACUUGCUAUUUGGAACGGCCAAGGAACACGCUCGACAAGCCUGCGAGCUCAAGACCCUGACCGCCAAAGACUUGCCAACGGCGUUCACAAGCCAGCCACGGGACCCGAUGAGUGAUGCAGAUCUUGCGCAGUGCUCUCGUCAAGCGCUGGCAGUUGCUUUGCAGUUCCAUUGCUGCAUUUCUGAGGACCUAGCCGUCUCUGAGGCCUACGAUGACUUGCAGACUUUCUGGAACAAACGGGGAGGCGCAAAGCUGUUUGGUCAGCUGGAUGAGGCGGACCUGGAGGCGGCCGCGUGUCUUGAUGAUGCUGCAAGCGACGAUGAGGCUGAGUGGAAUCCUGAUGCCGUGGAGGUGACAGGGCAGGCUUUGGAGGAAAAUGAGGAAAAGAAUGAGGGCAUCGCCUUUGCUCAGGAGGGGACGCUGCUGGAAUCCUUGCAAGGGCACGCAGCCCUUAACGAGGAGCUGCAGAAGUAUCUGGAGAUCUUGGGAGACGCAAAUAUGCCAAGUGCAAAUGAUGCAAAUCAGCCCGAUAAGGAUGAUCGGAGAGCAGCUGCUGCCAAGAAGCACUUCCUUGACAUGUUCCCGGACGAAGCUGAUGAAGGCGCGCCGCAGGAUGAUGGAUAUGCCGCGGUGCCAAAGACAUUGCUUGAGCUGCUGAAGCCUGUCCUGAAGAAGCAAGGUGCCGAGUUCGAUCUUGGUGAGGCAACUGCCCUCGGCACGAAAGCAUGUCUGCUGCGCGUGCACGCUUUGAUCGGUGGCAUUCGCCGCAUGAGCAGACUCUGUCGCCUGGAGGAAGGACUACUCAGCCUGGCCGCCCUAGAGGAGGCACAGGUCCCCAUGAACCAGCACAACUUGAGACAGCACGAGCUGGCGCUCGCGCGUCAAGCUGCUUCUUUGAGCAGAACGAGGGUGUCAAGGUCAGCAGCGUGGGCAGCAGCGCAGGCGGCAUUCGUGGCCAAAGUGAAGACCAAGAAUGCAGCUGCCAGCGGAGAAGAUCCUGGACUGAUCCCCGUGGCAGCGUACAAGCCACAGCUGGACCCCAAGGUGCCACAGGUGUUGCUCAUCCGGGAUGCUGAGCAAGGUGCGCGCCUGUGCCUCGUCUUAUCCGUCUACCGUGGGUCCGUAGUGCGCAAGGCAACCUCCAAGCAGUUGGGCCAGGUGCGGGUGUCAAAGCCUGUGGCUGAUGAGCUGCCCGCGGAGUGUGUCCGCGUGGUGCACGUAGCCCCGCUUGCUCGAGAAGGAGAUCAUUAUGUGUCCAGCUGUGCUGAGGCGCCAUUGCGCCUUGACCCCGUGAAUUGCGUGCAAGGGCAGCUGACAGUCAAGAAUGUUUGCCUGUCCGCAACACGCGUGCAUAUCUUUCUGUCCAAGGCUUCAGAAGAGGCACUGCGACAAAUCGAGGAAAGGCGCCUGUCCAUUCCUGAGCUGACCGAAGACGCGGAUGGAGGUGACGAUGUUCCUCUGCCGAAAGGCGUGGGAGAUGCUGCUGCCAGCAGCCGCAAAUUCGAUGACAGGAGCUUCAUGCGACGCUCGUUGGAGGACUCAGUCCCGGCUUUCAUGACAGGCCUGAAAAAUCAGUACGCGGAGAUGCAGCUGAAGUUCCUGGAUGACGAUGGAGUCCUUGCGGUGGGCAAGGAAAAGUACACGUGGGCCGAGAUCCUGAAAGCUGUUCCAGGAUACUUCCUUCAGACGCUCAAGGACCAGAGGGAUGUUGGGGCCAAUGGCUAG